AUGGGCCUUCUGCAUAAGAACCAUCACCAUGCUGCGCCUCCCAUGGCCAGCAACAAUGUUCACGGAACGGCAGUCCCAGUCAGUUCUGCCGGCCAUGCUCCCGUCAGCAACCACCAUGCUCCCGUCAGCAGCCACCAUGCACCAGGCAUGAACGCCCACCAUCCAGGCCCAGCUCCCAACACUGCUGGCCCCCACCGUCAUGACUUGCUCAACAAGCUCGAUCCCACGGUCGACAGCCGUUCCGGAGGCGUCCAGCUCAUCGGGCCUGGCGUCCAGCCUAACGCCAUGUCGCAGCAGCCCAUGACCGCCGGAGCUGGAAACUACACCACUGCAGCACCGCACCACAACUCCCGGGUUGCAGAUACCGUGGACCCUCGAGUAGACACAAGGGCAGACAGGCACGUCAUGCAUGGAGCUGACGCUGGUUACAGCCACCACACGACCAGGAUGGGGGACACUGUCGACCCUAGAAUGGAGCCUGGCCUGGACCACAGGACACACGGUGGGAUGCGUGGGCCAGCCUCAGUGCCUCGUGGCGGCGUUCCGCAGCCCGGUCCCGCGACAAAAACUGCCGGUCCGCAUCGCAGCAACCUGAUGAACAGGCUGGACCCAGCCGUCGAUCACAAGGCCACCUACGGCGGCGCGCCGCAAUACCGCACCGCCUAA